AUGAACGAAGCUAUCUUGGAACUGCGUCAGAUCCGUGAAAAUAAUCUUCGUGAGAGUGCAAGAGUUGUGGAAUUAUGGAUUUCGUAUAUAGAGCCAAAGCUCCAUAGACUAGGCCAAGAAAAGUGGACUCUCUUGGAACAAGUGUUGAUCGCUGCUUUAGACGUUGGUAAUUUGGACAUCGCGCAGGUUUGCCUCGGUCAUCUACGAAGACGCUUUCCCGACAGCUCUCGCGUCAAUCGUCUUUACGGAAUGUGUUUGGAAACGACACAUCGAUUUGACGAAGCCCGCGCUUUAUACUCCCAGGUCUUGGAAAAAGACACGACCAACUCGGUCGCACGGAAGCGCCUGAUUGCCAUUCACAAGGCACAAGGACGCAUCAACGAGGCUAUUGAGGAGUUGAACAAGUACCUUAAAAUAUUCAUGUCGGAUAGCGAGGCGUGGGGUGAGCUUGGCGAGAUGUACCUUGCACAAGGCGACUACAAACACGCGGCCUUUUGUGUGGAAGAGCUCAUUCUGGCUAAUCCCCACAACCACCUUCUUCACCAACGCCUAGGGGAGAUCAAGUACUCUGAAGGCGGUCAGGAGAAUCUGGAAAUUGCGCGGGCCUACUUUGCCCACGCCUGCCGUCUCAACCCCAAAAGUGUUCGCGCUCUCUACGGCCUAUUGCUAGUUGCCACGAACCUCUCCGGAAAGCUCUCUGAAAAGGCCCUAACAGCCUUGGCGGACGAAAGCAACGGUCAGCAGCGCGACCAACAGUACACCCUUAUGGCGGACGGGAGUGGGGGCAAAGGAAAAGCCCCCUUUGACUCUAAGCGCGAAAAUCAGCGCCUCAUUGGAUGGGCUACUCGUCAGCUGGCCGCCAUCUACUUGGUAGGCAGACUUAAUUAUCCUCGUGACCUUAACUCCGAUUGUCUAGACUCUGAUAGAUUACUAGGCCACGGGCUAUUGAGUCGUAACAUGCCAAACGCUUCCCCAUCACUUUCGUAUCUUGCCAUAAUAGUAUUCGUAUGGAUCGUGAUCCUGUCUGCAUCCAUUCACCAGAUUGAUGAAGGCCACGUUGGAGUCUAUUAUCGGGGUGGUGCCCUUCUGAAGCAAACCAGCACUCCUGGUUUUCAUCUAAUGAUACCGUUUAUUACUAGUUACAGAGCCGUCCAGACGACCCUUCAGACCGAUGAAGUCAAAAAUGUACCUUGCGGGACAAGCGGAGGUGUAGUUAUAUAUUUCGAUAGAAUCGAAGUGGUUAAUCUAUUAUCAGCUGCAAGCACUUAUGACAUUGUCAAAAAUUACAGCGCUGACUACGAUAAAACCUUGAUUUACAACAAGGUUCACCACGAACUUAACCAGUUCUGCAGUAUCCACACACUGCAAGAAGUCUACAUUGAUUUGUUUGAUCAGAUUGAUGAGAAUUUGAAGAAGGCGUUGCAAGAAGACAUCAAUAUAAUGGCACCCGGCCUAUUCAUCCAGGCAGUGCGUGUCACCAAGCCCAAAAUUCCCGAGAACAUUCGCCGCAACUACGAGUCCAUGGAAGCCGAAAAGACAAAGCUGCUGAUCGCGGAGCAGCGUCAACGCGUCGUCGAAAAGGAGGCCGAAACGGAGAGACGAAGAGCGGUCAUAGAAGCCGAGAAAGCUGCCGAGGUGGCCGCUAUUGAAUGGCGCAUGCGUCUGGCCGCGAAGGAAAACGAGCAGGCGAUGGCGGCCAUCGAGGAUUCAAUCCAACAGGCUCGGACACGCGCUGACGCAGAUGCCGAGUUCUACCGCGCGUCGCGUCAGGCCGAGGCCGACGCUCUUCGCCUCACACCCAAGUACCUCGAGUUGGAGCGCUACAAAGCCAUGGCGAACAACGCGAAGGUCUACUUUGCCUCGCUCUCGGGACAGAACCCCUUCUUCCCACAAUCUGCUGCGUCGUCGGCAAGGGGCUCCGAUUCCCCGUCUGGCGACCUCCUCGGAACGGUGCUUGAAACUGUGGGGUCACUUGGGGGGAGUGCUGGCGGCGCACUUCAAGGCAUGGCCAGUGAAAUGCUCGCUGGCAUGUUGAACUCGGCGCUGAGUGAAGAGGCCGGUCCAAAGAUUAACACCAGUGAAGUUGACGUUGCCGAUGAGGAACCCUGA